AUGUCCCUACUCCAGAAGCUACUAGGCCAACUGACGAAGACAAGGGUCCAGGUUCUAUGCAAGCCGCCUGAUCCAAUCCCUCCAAGGCUGGUAGAGCUACGUGCCCUUCAAAAACCAUCGUUUCCUCAUUACGUUGAAGGAGCAUACCGCUCACACUACCCCACAAGAUACUCGCAAUGGCCACACAUAACCAAUGAAGAGCUACCGAAAAAGCCAACGGAUAUCAAAGGUGUUGAUCAUCUGGUUUACUUUUACCGAGAGAGAGCACGCAUCUCUAAGCAAAUACCGUUGUUGGUGAACAACGCGUUCAUCAGAUUGAGGUUCUUCCCUUACUUUCAUCACCUAUCGCGGGCCAGGAAGUCCAACAUUGCCUACACCUUCUCUAACAGAGGCGGCAGUCCUUUGAAUGAUGAAGAAUUGUACGAAGCCUUCAAGAAAUAUCGAGGGCCUUAUUCCCGAAACAUGUUCUUUAAGACCACACCACACCCGAAGGACAAGGCAGUCGAUCGAGUCAAGUUUAGGAGAUUGGUAAAGCGAAGUCUAUUUGAUGCCCUCCAUGACGUGGUUCCUUCCAAGAAACUCGAUGUACUCAAGGUAAGCGGGAUCUGGUUCUUCCAAUUUGAUGCCUCACCAUGCACGGAGGAUGACUUCAGCAUAGUAAAGAGGGACAUCACGGCCGCUGUGAGACGAGUUUACAAGGACAAGAAAUUGCAAAAUGCAUUGGAGACGCAGCUGAAGAAGCACAAUAAACAAUACAAUUAUGGUGAUCACCUAAUGAAAACCGCGUCUUUGGAGAACACCCCCGGCGCAAAAAAUGUCCCCGGCUACUACCCAAAACUUCCAUUCGCUACAAAUACAUCGGAACUUGUAUGA